AUGCAUAAGGUGAUGGCAGGAAGAAGCGCCGACCCCUCAGAUAACCUUAAAAUGAAACCACCCAAAGGAAUACUCAAGUCUUCAUCUAGUUUUGAAGCACCUGAUGCUCCUGGAGGGUCAAGGAAAAAUCAGAAGAAUUCUAAAGAGACAACAUUUGAUGAAAUGAACAUUCUUGAGACUUUACAUCCUCCUGGCAAGGAUUAUGGGCAUAUGAAAAUUGAUGAGCCUAAAACGCCUUAUGAAAGGGAUGUCCCAGAUGCAGUCGGUGUGGAUCCUGAUGAUCUUGCAAAGAGAAUGCGGGAGGAAUCUGAAAAACCUAGGAGAGAGUUACCAUCGAUGGAAGAAGAUUCGGCCGGAGAAGAAGAUCUCACUCCAGAAGAGAGGGAGAAAAAGAGGCAGUUUGAAAUGAAAAGGAAAGCACACUAUAAUGAAUAUCUUAUGGCCAAGAAGAAGUUGCAGGAACUGAAGGAUGAAGAUGACGAUGAUGAUGAUUAA